GCAAAAGACAGAUAGUGAGUGAGAGAGAGAGAUGAUGGAGGGAAGCGAAAUUGGAGAAAAUGGAAGGAGAAAGGAGGUUGAGGGAAGUGAUAUUGUAGAGAAAGAAAAUGAAGAGGAUUUGAAGAAGAUUAUUGCAAGCCAUCCUUUGUAUGAAGUAUUGAUUGAAUCUCACAUGAACUGUUUGAAGGUAGGGUCUGAGGAAGCUGGAGAGUUUGAUAUCACAACUGAUGCAUGGAAGAAUCUGAUCAACUCAAAUUCCAAAGCAACUAGUAGUCUAGAGCUAGACACUUCAGAGCUUGAUCACUUCAUGGAAGCAUAUUGCAUGGCACUGAAGCAGCUCAAAGAAGCGAUAGAGGGACCUGCAAAAGAAGCAAAAGCUUUCAUUAAUGCCACGUAUAUUCAAGUGAAGGAACUUAGUGACCCAACUAAUCCAGAGCUUUUGAUAAGCAGCAAGGACCUUGAUGGUGGUUUCUCUCCUUAGUGCAACUUGGUCUUCUUUUCCAGCCAUAACUUAAUUUGGUGUUUAAUUGUAACAAAUAACUUCCUCAAAUCAUAUUACUUUUGCUGGGUUAGUCAUUGUUUUACUUGGUAUUUGGUAGGUAUACUACAUAUAUAAGUAGAAAACCUCCCUUGUGUUGUGGAUAUUCUUAAUGUGCUA